GGCCAGCGCGGCGGACGGACUCGCCGGUCGCGGCCGAUCGCUCGCUGCCAUUAAGUACACGGACGCGUGUGUGCAUAAGCGCAUCGUCGUCGUCGUCGUCGUCGUCGUCGCGCGCACCAGUCACCGAUGUCAGCCAGCGGGAGAUGGCCCUGCUCAGCCUCGCGCUCUCCGCUCUGCUGCUACUGCGCCUUGCUGCCGUCGAUGUGACAGCGGAAAACAAAAACAAAUCUUGGCAAGAUCUAUUCAACAGUACUUCUUGCGCGAGGCCACCAUUCACUUGUCCCUAUCCACAAAUCCAGUUUUUCUUGUAUACCAGAGAGACGCAGCAGAGUCCGUUUUUUAUAGACGUGACCCGCAGAGACUCCCUGUUCAAAUCUCGCUUCAAUCCGACUCACCCGACGAAAAUUAUCAUUCACGGAUUCGGAGGCGGCAGAAAUUUAGCGCCGAGCACCGAUCUGCGAAAAGCUUACUUCACGCGUGGCAAUUACAACAUCAUAAUCGUCGAUUACGGCUCGUUGGUGCGCGAGCCAUGUCUCUCGCAAAUCUCUUGGGGUCCGGACUUCUGCUCGCGAUGUAUCGCUCAACUGGUACGUUACAUCAGGGAUCAUCCACGUGGAACUCCCGUGGAGAACAUACACAUGCUUGGUUACAGUGUUGGAGCGCACAUCGCUGGUCUUGUUGCCAAUUAUUUGCCUGACGACAAGAUUGGCAGGAUCACCGGGCUGGACCCGACGAUAUUUUUCUACAUGAAUGGCAAUCGGUCGAGGGAUCUGGAUACGACCGAUGCACAUUUUGUCGAUGUGAUCCACACGGGAGCGGGGAUCCUCGGACAGUGGGGCCCAAAUGGCCAUGCGGAUUUCUAUGUGAACGGUGGAUCAAGUCAGCCCGGAUGCGCAACCUCGUCAAUACUCCAAACACUGUCCUGCGACCAUACGAAGGUGACGCCUUACUACAUAGAAUCGAUAACGACCAAAGUCGGCUUUUGGGCAGCACCGUGCGCAAAUCUGUUCUCAUACCUGAUCGGCUGGUGCAACCCGUCCGAAGACGAGUACAUACCGAUGGGGGAGGAUACCCCUCAUACAGCAAGAGGAAUCUUUUAUCUCUCAACAAACGCACACAAACCAUACGCCCUCGGACUUCCCGUAAAAAAACAGCAACAGAGAAAUCGGAAGCGAUCCUCCUCCCGCCAGUAUUAAGUCUCCUCAAGCAGCUCAUCAAUAUUAUCAUAGAGUAGACAAAGUCAUCCAGACAGCAAUCAAAUACUUGUAUACAUAUACAUACUGUUUCUCGUCACUACUUUCCAUAGUUUUACAUACGUAACUCGCGCAAAUCGAGUUUGCAAUCAAAAAAAUAUUAAGCGUGGCCUCGCACUUAUAUAUACGAUAUACCGAAAAUGGUAUUCUUUAUUUUCUCGAAUAUAUAUUCACCGACUGCUUCUAUAUAUAUAUAUAUAUACAGUGAGAUGAAUACAUAGUUUUACCGGCAUCAUAUUUUGUAUUUGUAUGCAAGAUAGCUGUUGAAUUAUCUCUAUUCUAUACGAUUUUUAUGAAUAAUUUCUUUAAUACUCGAUAUUCUCUUAUAUUUAAUAAAUUAUGAAGCGAUAUUCCUCCUACGAUAUAGUUUGUAGUACGUAGAUGAGUGAUGGAUGGUUCAACGGUUGAGUUAAACAAGGUUUUCAAAAUUUUUAGCGAUAGUCUAAUGAAAUGAAAUUACUUGUUAACAAUUGUGUACUUUGAAUGUAAAUAGCUGUUAGUGUUUUGCUUUGCGAAAUAAAUUUUUACACGAGCAAUAGCGCUAAUUAAUCCUCCGGAGCUCAAGCUAAAAAUGUCAAUAUGGCUGAAAAGAAAUAAGAGAACAUCACAAUAAUUAUGUUAACAACAAUAUUUAUUACAUAAUAAUUAUGAUAUAAUAAUAACUUCUAUGGAUUUACAAUACAUCGUUCGCACUAAUCCUUAAAUACAGUACGUAAUGAAAUGAUUACAAGAUUGGUUGAUACACAUCCUUCGUCUCUCGGCAAGCUUGGGGACGUCUUGUUAUUAUAAUUAUUUUUUCAUGUAUCUUCUUUCGUCUGCUUCACUAUUCUUUCUUUUUGUUUAAAUCUUUCACUUCUAAUCCCGAAUUAUAUGUAGAAAUAUCCGUAUAAUGUUCCAACACGUUUAUAUAAGAAGAUUGAUCCAAUCUUUAUCGCCGAGUUUGAGGAUAAGAAAUAAAAACAAUCUUAUUUUUUCCUUCAUUCUUCUCUCUCUCUCUCUCUCUCUCUCUCUCUCUCUCUCUCUCUCUCUCUCUCUC